UUAGAUCCCUUUCUGGUGUCGAUAUAUGGAGGGGUUUCUUUUCGUCGUGAUGAACUAUGAGGGUUGUGAGAUCGAAGAUUGGAGGUUGAAAUUGAUGCGCGGCGCCUCUUACUGGAUGAGCCGCUGAGGCGGAACACGGCCGCCUUGCAACGCGCUAGAAGCGGAACCCCACGUCAAACAGAGCUGGAGCUUCAAUACGUUUCUUGAACCUUUAACUAAACUCCAAGGAAAUAUUACCAUUCAUAGCAACAAAUACAACGAAGGAAGCUGCCCCAAUAAUACUAACAAGAUAACCCCGAUUCUUCACAAUGUCGAAUCCAAACGAUCCUCCCCUCGACGAGAUCCAAUGGCGCUCUCCUAUGGCGAUUCAACAAAUGGGCGGCCUGCACAAUAACACCAUCCUCUUUUACUUCGCAGAAUCGCCCUUCUUCGAGCGCACGUCGAACAACGCUGUUGUAUAUAACCAAGCCAUGAAUGUACCAUCGAUGUAUCCAGUCAUUCAGACACGCGAAGCCUUCGAGACACAUCUUAACACCAUGUCAGGCCUUGAAUUCAGGGUUGUCGAAGAGCCUGCUGAAACUGGCCCUGGAGCUGGUACAGGUGUAUGGGUCAUUCGCAAGCAAACGAGACGAAAGUCAGCGUAUGACGACGAUGAGAUUACUGUUCACGCCACAUACUUCGUGGUGGGGGAGAAUAUCUACAUGGCACCCACUCUCAGUGCCAUUCUUUCAGCAAGAAUUUUGACUAUAUCUUCGCAAGUUACCAAUGCUGUGACAACUGCUGAAUCAGUCAGAAAAUGGGGUCCCUCUAUGGGUAACUUUUACCAGCUCCCAUCAGCCAAGAUAUCAACAAAGCCAAGGAUCCAUACCUCUGCAGCGGCGACCCCAAUGCCUGUAUCAGAUGAAGCUAGCAAAGUUCCAGCUGCCCCUACAGCAGCCGCGCAGAAAGAUGACGAGAAGUCACUGGAAAGACUAGCAGAAGAGUCUUUCAUGAUUCACAUGAAGUACGGCGGUGAAUACAUCGACGAGAACCCUAUCACAGGUCGCCCAGGAGAGUUCCACCUCACAACAACAGGCCGCAAACCACCACAAAUUGCAAAGACGGAUGGCCCCAUUAGGAGUAUUAAUACGCCGACGAUCAAUACAAAGGUUGAUGAUAAGAAGGAGAGCAAGGAGAGAACACCCAAAUCAGCGACUGCUCCCAAGCCUAGGCGUAAGAAGAGCAAAAUGGUCAACUCUACUAGCACACCAGCUGCGUCUUGAGUUAUUACCAGCAAGGGCGUGGCGUUAAUCUGGGGAAAAGUGUUGUUCUUAGUUUUUAUAGAGUAGUUUGAUACCCCAAUACAGUUCAUUAUUGUGCUCUUAUCAUCUGUUUUAACGUCCCUAACUAAUAGUAUAGCCCCCAUCAACUGACAACGCAGCACCCUGAAUGAAAGAAGCCUUGGGACUUGAUAAGAACAAAACAGCAUCUGCUACUUCCUGCGGAGUCCCUUUUCUUUUCAUGACGGCAGUCUGUACGGCCGGGUCAUCUUCCGGAACAUUAGCCGUCAUGGGAGUUCUGCGAGGUCAGUAUGCGUACAGGGAGAUCAAGAGAUAACUUACUCA